AUGACAUACGGCAUCGAAGCUGUAGUCCCAGCGGAUAUCAAAGUUACGAGCCUUCGAAGAGACCACUGUCCCGACAGCCCAGAACUCAACGAAGAGAUGCUAAGGGACAGACUGGACUUAAUCGAAGAAAAGCGAGAUCAAGCUCUGGUCCGCAUCCAGAACGAUCAAGACGCCGCAGCUCGCUACUACAACUCCAACGUAAAACCGCGAAGAUUCAAAGUUGACGACCUAGUCUUACGAAAAAUCUUUGACGACAAAGAUCCAGGGGGAAAACUCCGACCACCCUGGAACGGCCCCUUCCGUAUAACAGAAGUAGUACGCGACAGCGUCUACAAGCUCUAUGAUUACGUGAAGAAGGUACACGAACCGCGUCCCUGGAACGCAGCCAACUUAAAACGAUACUACUAA